CCUGAGUUGCUCAAUGUAAACAAAUAUUUCUCGACAGGAUGACGUCCGUAUAGACGGACACAGAAUAAUUGGCACCUAUUCGUCUACCGUUGAGGCGGACUAUGUCAAUGAUGAUCGAAACAGACGUUUUUAUUUGGAUCCCGGCAAUGAGUUCAACUUAGAUUAUGGGAAGGCCUUUAGGAGUUACACGGACAGAGAGAGGGCUAACGUAGGACCGAUCGGAGGAAAAUACAAGUGGAUGCGAGAUAAUCGGCAGGUACUGAUAGACAAUGGAAUUUUGGAUAGAGACCAAUCAAGAUUGAACGUGGAUUUUGUUUCACGUCGAGGGUUACUUAAAAGCAUUUUGAAAAUGGGAGGACGAAAUGACUGGGACAUGGACCUUGCCGUCACUCUCUACAAAGGUACCUAUCACCUCCGUCAGAUGAGUAGAGCACAUCUAAAUCCUCAAAAUGAAAACGAUCAGCUGAUAUUAGCAUCCUCCAAGCUCCUUCUUAACUUUUUGACGAGCAAGGAUGGGCUAAUCCCAGACGAGCCUGCCCCCGUAAACGAGAAUGAAAUCUUCUAUGGUUUGAUGACGGUCAACUGCGGGAAUCACCGCUUGCUUGUGCGUGGUGAGAUACAGACAGAAAAGAGAAUCACCGCUGAUGAGCCACCUCCAGCAUUGCCAAGCCCAAGAAACUGUCUGAAUGUCCGAUCGAGGGAGAGCUCUCAAUAUAUAAAUCCGUAA